AUGAUACAUUUUGAUCUGAUCGGAAAUUUGGGCAUUGAGUCCACCACUCUCGAUGACUUCCACACCAAUGUUCUCGAUCGCGACGAUGUAUUCCAGCCCGAGUUCUACCGUAAUGUGCUUUUCUAUGGAAGCAAAAAGGAGGACUUGAAUUUCGAGCCCGACGCUUCUGAAUAUCUCUUGGCCUGGAAAACAGAGAAGACCUAUUUCGUGGCCAGUGAAGUUGAGGAUCCGCCAGGACCAUACGUUGUUAGGCAUGGACGAUCUUGGCAGCCGUGGAGAAUCUACGACGACUUCAAUUCGACAUUCAUGGCCACCUUCAACUCUGCAGGAGAUGUCACUUUCGACGCACCGCGUGCUGGGACCGGCGGAAGACUCAUUGUGCCAUCUCGCUGCUACUACAAACCAUCUAAAGAACGUCCGCUAGAUGGGGCCCGAAGCACAGUCAAGGAUAAAAUCGAUAUUGCAGGACACAAGACGAGUCUAUGCAACAGAGCAUGGCUAGAGCUCUCUCCCGAGAAGACGAAGACUGCAGCUUGUGUCCAAGUGUUGAUAGACGCUUGA